AUGAACGAAGCCUGCACUCUAACGAUAACCCACGAAGAAACCACCUGGGAGAAUUGUUGCCCAGACACUGCCCCCGAAACCGUCUCAGAAUCCUGUCCUCCAAUCGUCCGAACCUGGUCCAAAUGUCCAACCCCCUACACCAACUGCGGGGACCCGUCCUCUCACAAAGAAAUGUGCUCGGCAGAGCUAACCGGCUACAGCGAUAGUCGAAGUCUGAACCAGAAGUGCUGUCCCGCGGGAUACGCCUGCGGCAGCACAUACAACGAUCCCUGUGUCAUCCUAGCAGAUAACACUACGCACGGGGGAGAGCUAAGAGUGCGCACGAACCCGCAGUAUAUCUCCGCACCGGCGGUCUUCGCCGGAUGUGACGAUGCAUCGGCCCUCUCACCGGGCGCUGUUGGCGGGAUCGUGGCGGUGGGUGUGAUUUCGUUUUGCUUUCUGUGUGGCGUUCUCCUCUGGUGGAUUCGGAGGAGUUUGUAUCGGGAUCCCACGAGGCAGAGGUAUUGGAGGACGGGAGAGCGGAGUAGGAUUACUGCCGCUGGUUCUGGGGUGCUGGGUGGGGUUUCUGUGUUGGGAAUGGGGGACACGGGGAUUACGAUUACACGGGAGUUCAGGGUUGAGGAGAAGGAUGGGGAUACUGUGGAGGGGGAGGGAGUAGAAGAUGGGAGGAGGAGUGGGGAUAGCACUACUAGGAUUGUGCCCGAGGAUCUGGAUGCCACGGGGGAUAGUGAUGGGAGUGGUGGUAGUAGGGGGCUGCCGCUGGAGGGGACGUUCUGGGCCCCCGGGGAGAGGGGGAGAAGCGAGGUAUAG